UGUGUUAUUCUUAUACAUAAAGUAUCAAAAUCUUGUGAUUUUAAAUUUAAGAAAUAUUCUCUCUAUAGGAUUAAAAUUUCUCGGAAUUCGUAAUGGCAAAAAUGGCUUUUCAGCAUCAGGCCGGCACGGCUAUGGAAUGCUUAAGUAUCCCUAUAACACUUCAUAAAGAGAAAGAUUAUGAUAAAGAAGGUCGAGAAAUACUGAAAUGUGGAUUUAAAAUAGGAGGUGGUAUAGAUCAAGACUUCAAAAAAAGCCCUCAAGGAUAUACAGAUUAUGGGAUAUAUGUUACAGAAGUGCACGACAAAAGUCCAGCUUCCCGAGCUGGUCUUCGUAUCCAUGAUAAAAUUCUACAGUGUAAUGGCUAUGAUUUUACAAUGGUAACACAUAAAAAAGCCGUUAGCUAUAUACGAAAAAAUCCAGUACUAAACAUGCUCGUUGCCCGAAAAGGAGUAACCUCUACAUAAGUAUUAACUAUUAUUUCAUUCAAGAGUAAUUGGGUUAUUUAACGCCUUAAAUUCAUUAAAAACACUAAUAAUGUAUGGAGGGAGUAUAUAUUUAGUAGCCCGCAAAGAAGGUAGCUUCGUUCAGUAGGUUUUGUUUGAACUUUUAGUAUAAUCUAAUGUUUUUAUAUUCGUUUUAAAUUUAAGUUAUUUUAGUUUAUUAGACUAGUUCAACUUUUCGUAUUCUCAUUUGUAUUUUCGUAUUGUGGUUAAAACUGCAAAUCUAAUAUCUUAAGUACAAUGUUUAAUGUAAAUCAUGUGAUAAAUAAAAGAUUAAGUAAAUCGUUUA